CGCCUAACGGGCAGAUCAAGUCAGGUGAGGAGUUCGCGCCCGUUUAACGGAAAUUCAAGUUUUAAACAUUCCCGCGCUUACUUGCAUUACAAGGAUCCCAACGCCUAUAAAUAGAAACAGAAGAGCUAAAGAACAUAACAGCAAGCUUGUAGUUCUCUCUGAAGACCGCCUUCUUCUCUUGUUUUCUACUUCUUCUUCAGGUUUGCUUCCUUCUUUAUAUUUUGGGUUUUUGCUUGAGGGUUUUGAUUCAUAUCGAAGAUGGGUUGGUGGAUUUAUUUGGUAUUUGGAAUUGAGAAUCGGAGAUUUAAAGAUUCUGAUAGAUAUGGGUUUUGGAUUGAAGUUUUUAAGAAUUGGAAAGUUAAGGGUUUGAUGGAUGUGAAGAGAUGAAAUUAUUUUAUUUUAAUUGAUGUUUUGCAGCCAUUCGUGGUGGAUUUCUGAGUGUUUUAAAUUGAGGAUCAUGGUGGAUUUCUGAGGGUUUUAAAUUGAAGAUCAUAGAUUUAAGGGCUUUCUCGAUGUUGAUGUUAGGAUCUUGAAGGAUUUGUUUGGUGCAGCAAACUUAUAUGUUCUACCUAUGUAUUUUUUGUGAUGUAGCCAUGGACAUCAAGCCAUCAAGAUUGGUUGGAGACAAAAAUGAAAGGGGAAGAAGACAUGUGAACAACAUGGUUUGUUCCUAUUGGCUCCGUGGGAGGUGCAACAGAAACCCUUGUAGGUUCCUGCACCAAGAAUUGCCCCAAAACACCCACUAUCAAAUUUCAAAUCAGUUCCGCAAAAAUUGCUGGCAGAGGAAUCCCGACUCUGAUUCGAAGAGUGCAUCAAGUUUAACGAGUCUGGAUAGGCCAUCAGGUUCAACAACUCCGAAGCGUUCAUCAGCUUCAAAUCAAUCCCAUAGAAACCACAGGGAGGGGACUCUCUAUUCUGACCAGAAGGGUGAAUGGGACUCAACUAAUCUAAGGUGUUCAUCAAGUCCAACAAGAGCAGGAAGUAGCUCUGGAAAUGGAAUUACACAGAAUGUAAUUGGAGAAAGGGUCUGCAAGUACUGGCUACAUGGAAAUUGUGUGGAGGCAGAUAAGUGCCGGUAUCUCCAUUCAUGGUUUAAGGGCCAUGGGGUUUUCAAGUUGGCAGAGCUUAAUGGGCACAUCAAGGCCAUCUCAGGAAUUGUGCUUCCUUCUGGCUCAGAGAAGCUCUAUACUGCCAGUCGAGAUGGGUAUAUACGGGUUUGGGACUGCCAUACUGGUCAAUGUGAUGGUGUGGUCAAUCUUGGAGGGGAAAUUGGGUCCUUAAUCAGUGCAGGCCCUUGGGUAUUUGCUGGAAUAAAAGAUGUUGUUAAGGCAUGGAAUAUUGAGUCUUGUGCUGAUGUCUCUCUUGACGGACCAGUUGGGCAAAUUUAUGCUAUGGUGGUGAAUAAUGAUAUGCUAUUCGCGGGGGCACAGAAUGGCACUAUACAUGCAUGGAAAGCCAAUAAGGAAACCAAUGCUUUUAAGCCAGCUACAACAUUGGAAGGCCACAAUGGUGCUGUGGUUUCACUCACAGUAGGCGGUGGGAGGCUUUAUUCUGGUUCCAUGGACAAUACAAUAAGAGUGUGGGAUCUUGAUACAUUACAAUGUAUUCAUGCACUGAAGGAGCAUGCAUCAGUUGUGAUGUCUCUUGUUUGUUGGGGUCCCUAUUUAAUAUCAUGUUCAUUGGACCAAACAAUUAAGGUUUGGUUUGCUACUGAAGCUGGCAACCUGGAAGUGACUCACACACACAAUGAAGAACAUGGUGUGCUAUCUCUUUUUGGUAUGAACAAUUCGGAAGGGAAACCAAUAUUGUUGUGCUCCUGCAAUGACAAUUCUGUGCGGCUUUAUGAAUUACCAUCAUUCACUGAGAAGGGCAGCAUAUUUGCAAAAGAAGAAGUCAGAGAGAUUCAGAUAGGUCCAGGGGGACUUGUUUUCACUGGGGAUGGAACUGGACAAGUUGAUGUUUGGAAAUGGCAGGCAGAGCCAACUUCAUUGACAUCUGAAUGAUGGAAGGCAGUUGUUAUCUCCAGAAAGCUAUGCUCUGAUUCUGGUUUGUCAAUAUGAUCAUUCACACGCAGAAUUCUCUUUGUAGUAAUCUUACAAACUGUAAAUUUGUAAUCUCCACUCAUUCAAUGAAAAUUCAUUUUGUCAUAUUA